CAAGUUCUCCAUCUGUCUUCAAGAACACAAAAAAAAAAAAAAAAAAUCAGAAAAAUAUUUUUUCCUCCCCUUUUUCACUCACUCAAAUUUCCAUAGCUUUUGCAUGGCAGUGGGGUUAUUGUCGCAUGAGUUAUCUGACCUCUGUCUUGGUAAGCCAGCGCUGAGGUCACUGUCUAUAUCAUCCACCAUUGCUGAGGCCCUUGAGGUCUUGAAAACCUCUGAUGAUAACUUUGUUAGUGUCUGGAGUUGUGACCAUAAAUCUAAAACUAGUUUAGGGUUUGAAUCAGCUGCUGGUUUUUCUGAUGAUUAUGGCGAUGAUGAUGAUGAGUGUAGAUGUGUAGGCAAAGUUUGCAUGGUGGAUGUGAUUUGCUAUCUUUGCAAAGAUGAAAAUUUGGUGUCUCCUUCUGUUGCUUUGAAGGAGCCUGUUUCUGUGCUUUUACCUAAGAUUCCUGGCCUUGUUAUGCAUGUGGAACCAUCUUGCAGCUUGUUAGAAGCAAUUGAUCUUAUACUCCAAGGAGCUCAAAACCUUGUGGUACCAAUCAAAACCAAGCUCAGCAACAAGAGAAAACAAUACCAGAAGCCUUCACCAACUGUUACUAUCCACAAAGGCCGUGAAUUCUGCUGGCUAACUCAAGAAGAUGUGAUCAGAUUCCUACUCAGCUCUAUUGGCCUAUUUUCACCAAUCCCUGCCUUCUCCAUUGACAAUUUUGGCAUCAUUACUCCUGAAAUCCUCACCAUUGAGUACCACUCCCCUGCCUCUGCAGCCAUAGGAGCCAUUUCUCGUGCCCUGGUGGACCAAACUUCGGUGGCUGUUGUUGAUAGUGAAGGAACUUUGAUUGGAGAAAUUUCUCCCUUCAACUUGGCCUGCUGCGACGAGACAGUCGCCGCAGCACUCAAGACCUUGUCAUCUGGGGAUUUAAUGGCCUACAUUGACUGCGGAGGUCCCCCAGAAGACCUUGUCCGGGUUGUAUCAGCAAGGUUGAAGGAGAGAAACUUGAAUGGAAUGCUGGAACAUUUCACAAUGUCUAUGUCUUCCUGUGGAUUCUCAUCUGCAUCUUCAUCUGAUGAGGAAUCCAUGACAACUCCAAUGUCACCAUUGCCAAGAUCAGGAAGGCAUAGUAAGUCAAUGAGUUAUUCAGCCAGGAUGGUGAGAAGAGCUGAGGCAAUUGUUUGCCAUCCCAAGAGUUCACUAAUUGCAGUGAUGAUCCAAGCAAUUGCUCACAGGGUGAACUAUGUUUGGGUUAUUGAGGAUGAUUGUAGCUUGGUUGGAAUUGUCACAUUUACUGACAUGUUAAAAGUUUUCAGGGAACAUAUGGAAACCAUGGCCUGACAAGAUGAGAAGCUUUUGUUUAAAAGUUUUUGCUAAUCAUCUGCUAGGCUUUGUUGAUGCUAACAAUGCUUAGAAAGCUGAGGCUGGUAGAGGAAGAAUAAAAAAUUUGGGAAAGUUGUGUGAAUAUGGAACAUUUUCUUUCUUAUUUUGUUUUCUUCUGUCAUUUGACAUGAGAAGUUUGGUAUCUGAUUGUAUGAAUUUGCAAGCCUUCUUUAUAUUUUCUUUCCUAUCUUAUCCUGUCUUUUAAUUGAAGAUUAUGUGAAAAAAAGCGGAUGAUCUCCGCCUUUCUUUCAUGAUUCUGAUUAUAAGAUUCUUCUCGUGCGCCGAAUGCUUAAUUUUAAUGAUCAGCUUCAAUCUUGAUAAUCUCAAAUAUAAAAACAAAAAUCUUCUCGUGUGUUUGAAAGGUAGUUCUUGUAGGUCAAUGAUCUUAAGGAAUUGAAAACCAGCUAGUUGAAAAAAGUGAACCAUAACAUGUGGACACAAAUGCAAAUGGACUUGUUUAUCAGUUUCACAUCUUAAAGACUUGGUGGGGGAGCUAUUUCAAUUCUUCGUGAUGACAGCUCAUGAUCUUGCCUGCAGUUACAAAAGUAUGUAUAUGAAUAUAUCAACUGACCUCACACUUUAAGAAGCAGCUUGAGCUUGCAGAUUGUGGGCAUGGCAUGGAUUCAGUUUAAACUUCAAAGUUCAAACAGCUGAGAUAUGUCAAUGUUUUUCCAAGCAGUGUUUUGAUGGCAGGAAAGUGGAAAAGGGCAUAUCCCAUUAAAUUGUGGGGCUGGCAUUUGUAGCAGAAGAGGGGAUCCAAAUAAAGCUUUUUAAUGAUGAAAGUUUCCCACCAGCCAUUGGUUGUGCUAGUUCAGAUCCAACCUGCUAAUCAAAAGCUCAAAAAAGAGAAGAUAUGUAGGGUAAUCUCUUUUUUUGAUCUUAUCAGUAUAAUAUUUUGGCACCAACUAAUACGAAGUCAGCACAAUUUGAUUAUUUUUUGUUGUUUCAACCAGUAUUAUAUUUACU